CUGUGCCUCCUUGUUAUGACCAUUGUGUCUAAAACAGUGUAUUGCCUGCAGCCCACCUUUGCACUAAGCAGCGGCCAGCCCGCAGACACACAAAUUCAGGCCACUUCUAAGAGUCUCUUACCUGUUAGGUCCAAAGAAGUUGAUGUUUCCAAACAGCUUCAUUCAGGAGGUCCAGAGAAUGAUGUUACAAAAAUCACCAAACUGAGAUGAGAGAAUAGGCAAAUGAAAGCUACUGACACCACCACCAGAAGGAAUGUCAGAAAAGGUUACAAACCACUAAGUAAGCAAAAAUCAGAGGAAGAGCUCAAGGACAAGAACCAGCUCUUGGAAGCCGUCAACAAGCAGUUGCACCCAAAGUUGACUGAAACUCAGGGAGAGCUGAAGGACCUGACCCAGAAGGUAGAGCUGCUAGAGAAGUUUCAGGACAAUUGUUUGGCAAUUUUGGAGAGCAAGGGCCUCGAUCCAGCUUUAGGUAGUGAGACCCUGGCAUCACAACAAGAAUCCACUACUGAUCAUACGGACUCUAUGUUGCUGUUAGAAACUUUGCAAGAGGAGCCGAAGCUUUUUAAUGAAACAACAAAAAAGCAGAUGGAGGAAUUACAGGCCUUAAAGGUAAAGUUGGAGAUGAAAGAAGAAAGAGUCUGAUUCCUAGAACAGCAAAUCAUAUAUAACAAUCAAGUAAAUGAUUUAACAGCAGCCCUUAAGGAAAUGGAACAGCUAUUAGAAAUGUAAGAAGCGGCAAGUGGCCAGAUGGCUCCCUCUUGGGCAUAAACUCUCGGAGGAAGCCACUUAGAACAUCUUCUUGGCCAUGAUCUCCUGGGACUCACCAUCUCCAGAAUGAAAACAGUAUCUACACUAGAAUUAAGUACAGUUUAUGCUGAAAUGACCAUUCCUCAUUUAAGCAAGUUUUUUCAACCUUCAGGUUGGUCAGCCCUCCUGAGCCUCACAGGUGGAUAAUUGAGGCCUAUAAGAGUGGGGGCGCCUAGGAGCUUGGAUUGACCUUCUAGGCAACCACCUGAUUCCAGCACACCAUUAGAAUCGGGAGACUACUAACCACCAACAACCAGAGGAUCUAAAACGUCACAUUCAGAUUUUCGGGAAGAAAAUCUUCAUUACAGUAGAGCACAAGUGUUCCAUGGGAGACAUCAUAGAGCCAUGCUGUCCCCUUCUAACCUGGAACACAUUCUGUCUAGUCCUGGUAGAGGUCUGUGCCUCCUUAUUAAUUUAUGAACUUGAAGUUGCUUGAAGUGUUUUGGGCUUAACAAAUGGGGUGAAAGUAUCGGUAGUAAUAACACCUACAUGAAACAAUACACCUUGAAGCUUUCUAAAUAUAAAAAAAAAA